UUUUUACAAAGCAAGUUUCAAUUGUACCACUGUGGUUUAAGUUUUAAAGUUGUUUUAUAUUUUUUUAUUGAUAAAAUAAUAUUUUUUUGUGUGUUCUAAUUUUUCUAAUAUUUAAAAAAGCAUUAAAAAUUUAUAAGUAUCAUAUCAUAAAGAAACAUGACAGACAUUUUGGACUGGAUGGAUGUUGCAUUGAAAAAAGCAAGCGAUUCAUUAAAAGCAGGGGAAGUUCCAGUUGGGUGUUUGUUUGUAUAUAAUAAUGAAGUCAUUGCUAUAGGUAACAAUACUGUUAAUGAAACACAUAAUGCAACCAGACACGCUGAGAUAAAUUGCAUAGAUCAAGUUUUAGAGUUCUGUAAAAAUAGAGAAUUGGACUGUAAGGAGGUUUUUACUAAUAUUGAUGUUAUAGUUACUGUAGAACCAUGUAUUAUGUGUACUUCAGCAUUAUAUCAGCUACACGUACGUAAUAUUGUGUAUGGUUGUGCAAAUGAUCGUUUUGGAGGAUGCAUUAGUGUUUUUGAGGUAUCUAAAAUCUAUAAUUCAGGAACAAAAAUAGUGGGUGGUGUUAAGAGUGAUCUAGCAAUGGCUUUGUUGAAAGAAUUUUACAAAGGUACAAAUCCAAAUGCACCUAAAUUGAAAAUAAAAAAAGAUCGCAAAACAAAAAAAAGUGAUGAUCCAGAAAGUUCAUAAAUUUGAAAUAAUUUUCACUUCCUUUUAUUAAACUUCAGUAAAUGAAAAAAGAAUUAUAAUUUUUAUUUUGAUGCAUAAUAAAUAGUGUGACACAUAAAUAAUAAAUAAAACGAGAAAAACUUCUUUUUUAAUAAAAUAUUCUGCGCAUAAAAAUAUGUAACAUAUAAGUUGAUGUACACUGCCAGGAAUGUAUAUUAAUAUAUGUUAUCAUAUCACUAAAUGUACCUAAUAUAUAAAUUUAUUUCAUAUUU